AUGGCGCACGUCCGAGGCCUGUGGCUACCUGGCUGCCUGGCCCUGGCUGCCCUAUUUAGCCUUGCGCACAGCCAGCAUGUGUUCCUGGCCCCUCAGCAAGCACUGUCGCUGCUCCAGCGGGUCCGACGCGCCAACAGCGGCUUCCUGGAGGAGUGGCGCGAGGGCAACCUGGAGCGAGAGUGCGUGGAGGAGCAGUGCAGCCGUGAGGAGGCCUUCGAGGCCCUGGAGUCUCCCAGUGCCACGGAUGUGUUCUGGGCCAAGUACACAGCUUGUGAGUCGGUGAGGAAACCUCGAGAAAAGCUCAUUGAAUGUCUGGAAGGUAACUGUGCCGAAGGUCUGGGUAUGAACUACCGAGGGAACGUGAGCUUCACCCGGUCAGGCAUCGAAUGCCAGCUGUGGAGGAGUCGCUACCCACAUAAGCCGGAAAUCAACUCUACCACCCACCCUGGGGCUGACCUGCAGGAGAAUUUUUGCCGCAACCCAGAUGGCAGCAUCACUGGGCCCUGGUGCUACACUACGCUCCCCACUGUGCAGAGGGAGGAGUGCAGCAUCCCUGUCUGCGGCCAGGAGCGAGUCACUGUGGAGCCGACCCCAAACUCCAGAGACUUCCCGGUGAAUCUGUCACCUCAAUCGGAAAUGUGCAUCCCUGAUCGCGGCCAGCAGUACCAGGGGCGCCUGGCGGUGACUGCACAUGGGUCUCCCUGCCUUGCCUGGGCCAGCGAGCAGGCCAAGGCCCUGAGCAAGGACCAGGACUUCAACCCGGCUGUCUCACUGGUGGAGAACUUCUGCCGCAACCCAGACAGGGAUGAGGAGGGCGCAUGGUGCUACGUGGCCAGGGAGCCUGGCGACUUUGAAUACUGCGACCUGGACUAUUGUGAGGAGCCGGUGGAUGAGGAGGUGGGAUAUGGGCUGGGCGAGGAACCGGAUGCGGCCAUAGCGGGACGCACCGCUGCGGACAACUUUCAGCCCUUCUUCAACGAGAGGACCUUCGGCGCCGGGGAGGCAGACUGUGGCCUGCGGCCUCUGUUCGAGAAUAAGUUGGUGCAGGACCAAACGGAACAGGAGCUGUUCGAUUCCUACAUCGAGGGGCGCAUCGUGGAGGGCCGGGAGGCGGAGAUUGGCCUGGCGCCCUGGCAGGUGAUGCUUUUCCGGAAGAGUCCCCAGGAGCUGCUGUGCGGGGCCAGCCUCAUCAGUGACCGCUGGAUCCUCACCGCCGCCCACUGUCUUCUGUACCCGCCUUGGGACAAGAACUUCACUGAGAAGGACCUUCUGGUGCGCAUUGGCAAGCACUCCCGCACCAGCUAUGAGCGAAAGAUUGAAAAGAUCUCCAUGCUGGAAAAGAUCCACAUCCACCCCAGAUACAACUGGAGGGAGAACCUGGACCGGGACAUCGCCCUGCUAAAGCUCAAGAAGCCCAUCAGCUUCACCGACUAUGUCCACCCCGUGUGCCUGCCCGACAGGGAGACAGCAACCAAGUUGCUCCAGGCUGGAUACAAAGGGCGAGUGACGGGCUGGGGCAACCUGAGGGAGACGUGGACAACCAAUAUUGCUGAGGUGCAGCCCAGCACGCUGCAGGUGGUGAACCUGCCCAUCGUGGAGCGGCCGGUCUGCAAGGCCUCCACCCGGAUCCGCAUCACCGACAACAUGUUCUGUGCUGGUUACAAGCCCGGUGAAGGGAAACGAGGGGAUGCUUGUGAAGGCGACAGUGGGGGACCCUUUGUCAUGAAGAGCCCCUUUAACAACCGCUGGUAUCAAAUGGGCAUCGUCUCAUGGGGUGAAGGCUGUGACAGGGAUGGAAAAUAUGGCUUCUACACACAUGUGUUCCGCCUGAAGAAGUGGAUACAGAAGGUCACUGAACGGUUUGGAAGUUAGGGGGCCACCCACAUUCUACACUGCUCACUGCAAAAUCAC